AUGGCAUCCAAGACUUACACGCUCAACAACGGCGUCAGAAUCCCAGCCGUUGGCUUUGGCACCUUCGCCAACGAGGGCGCCAAGGGGGAGACAUACAAGGCGGUGACAAAGGCGCUGGAGGUCGGCUACCGGCAUCUCGACUGUGCGUGGUUCUACCAGAACGAGGACGAGGUGGGCGAUGCCCUGCACGACUUCCUGAACAAGAACCCCAGCGUCAAGCGCGAGGACGUCUUCAUCUGCACCAAGGUCUGGAACCACCUGCACCGCCCCGAGGAUGUCAAGUGGAGCUUCGACAACUCGUGCGCCAAGCUGAAGGUCGACUACAUCGACCUCUUCCUCGUGCACUGGCCGAUCGCGGCCGAGAAGAACGAGGACCACUCGGUCAAGCUCGGGCCCGACGGCAAGUACAUCAUCAAUAAGGAGUUGACCGAAAACCCAGAACCGACAUGGCGGGCCAUGGAGGAGCUGGCCGACAGCGGCCGCGCCAAGGCCAUCGGCGUGUCCAACUGGACAGUUCCCGGCCUGAAGAAACUGCUCGAGAUUGCGCGCAUCAAGCCGACGGUCAACCAGGUUGAGAUCCACCCGUUCCUCCCCAACACGGAGCUGGUCAAGUUCUGCCUCGACAACCAGAUCCUGCCGGCAGCGUACUCGCCGCUGGGGUCGCAAAACCAGGUGCCGUCGACGGGCGAGACGGUGCGGGCGGACCCGACGCUGAAUAAGGUGGCGGAGCACAGCGGGCACAACCUCGCCCAGGUGCUGCUGGCCUGGGGCCUCCGGAGGGGCUACGUCGUGCUACCCAAGAGCUCGACGCCCAGCCGCAUCGAGAGCAACUUCCAGAUCCCGGAGCUGACGGACGAGGAGUUCAAUGCGGUUGAGGAUGUGGCCCGGGGGAGGCACUGCCGGUUUGUAAACAUGAAGGAUACUUUUGGUUGGGAUGUGUGGCCCGAGGAAUCUGAGUAA